GAAUACUAUUUUAAAUUUUUUUAUUCCAACUUUUAGAAGUUUGCUGCCUAAUGGUUAAUUUGUGUGCUGUUAUUUUAAUUCCCUGGAAAGCCAUCAUUUUAUUUGGAGGACUCCAGGCUGUAUCCGCACCACUCGCUGCAGGACGGAUGGACGGGAACAACGUGUCCUCUACUGACUUCACUUUCGUGGGCCUGUUCAAUACAAAGGGGACCUCAGGCCUUCUUUGUGCUGUCAUCACUGUCAUCUUCUUCACUGCACUGGUGGCCAACGCAGUCAUGAUCUUCCUGAUCCAAACCGAUCUGCGCCUCCACACCCCCAUGUACUUCCUCCUCAGCCACCUCUCCUUCAUCGACAUGACGUACAUCUCCACCAUCGUGCCCAAGAUGCUGGUCGAUUACCUGCUGGGUCAGAGGACCAUUUCCUUUGUGGGGUGCACAGCUCAACACUUCCUCUACCUCACCCUUGUGGGGGCUGAAUUCUUCCUGCUGGGCCUCAUGGCCUAUGACCGCUACGUGGCCAUCUGCAACCCCCUGAGAUACCCUGUCCUCAUGAGCCGCCGGGUCUGUUGGAUGAUCAUAGCAGGUUCCUGGUUUGGUGGCUCCUUGGAUGGCUUCCUCCUGACCCCCAUCACCAUGAGCUUCCCCUUCUGCAAUUCCCGGGAGAUUAACCACUUCUUCUGUGAGGCGCCCGCAGUCCUGAAAUUGGCCUGUGCAGACACAGCCCUCUAUGAGACAGUGAUGUACGUGUGCUGCGUUCUGAUGCUGCUGAUUCCUUUCUCCGUGGUGAUUGCUUCCUACGCCCGGAUCCUGACCGCCGUCCACCGCAUGAGCUCCGUGGAGGGGAGGAGGAAGGCAUUUGCCACCUGUUCCUCCCACAUGACUGUAGUGACCUUGUUCUAUGGGGCUGCCAUGUACACCUACAUGCUGCCACACUCUUACCACACACCUGCCCAGGACAAAGUCCUCUCCAUGUUCUACACCAUCCUCACACCCCUGCUGAACCCACUCAUCUACAGCCUGAGGAACAAAGAUGUCGCUGGAGCUCUGAAGAGGGCGCUGGGGAGGUUCAGGGCUUCUCAGAGAGUGUCAGGACAUGUCCUGUGA